CCAUCCAUGGUCUAAUCCCUUGAACCUCUGGCUGUGUUACCCCAUGUGGCAAAAGGGAUUUUAUGUGUGUGAUUAAGUAUAUUAACAACACGAAGAGAUUACCACUGGGCCCAGUGUAUUUGCAGGAGGAUAGAGUCAGAGAAGAUUUCAGGAAGUAAACACAUCAGAGUGAUAAUAAUUGCUGGCUUUGAAGUUGAAGAAGGGGCAGGGAGUCAAGGAAUGCAGAAGGUCUUGAGAAAUCGGGAAAGAUAAAGAAAGAUUUUUUUUUUUUGUAGAACUGCCAGAAGGAACACGAUCCUGAUGACAUCUUGAUCUUAUCCUGGUGAAUCCCAUUUUGGAUUUAUAAUCUUUACAACUGUAAGAAGAAAAAUUUUUGUUCAUGUAUGCUGCAGAGCUGGUAAUGAUUUGUCACAGCAGCUACAGCAAACUAUGAGUGUGAAGUGGAGAACUGGAAGAAGGCUGAGGGUACCUGAAAUAUGCGUGUAGUCCUGGGUGCCUGAGACUGAAGAGAAGGUCCAGAUCGGGAGGUCUUCAAGCAGGACUGGGGGCUUUCCUUUGGCAGUUGGGACCACUGGAGGUUUGGGGCAGGAUGGGAUCCCAGUUAAAUGCUUGGUAUUGCCAAGCAUUCUCUCCACGCUGUGUGCAGAGCGACAUGUGAGGAGUCUGGUGUGCUGUCUGUGGUAUGGGGGAGAAGAGUCGUGGUGGGUAACAGAAGCUGCGUGAGAGGUGUAGUCUGAGAAGUGAUGUGCACAAUAGGAGUGGGAACUGAUGGUCCUGCAGCCCUGUUCCCAGGGACUUCCGUGAGAACAGGGAGCCGGGCUUAUGUCCUGGCAUGAUUUAGGGUCCCCCCGGGGGAUUGGCUGGCACGUGGGGAAGAGAGUGAGCAUGACGUUGUUGUGGGUAGACAGAGUGGGGAUACUCAGUCAAGAGACUUCCUGGACCAUGCUGGCCAUGUCAUUGCAGGUCUGUGUGAUCUCUGAGGACAUUUUUGUGUCCUUCUCCCGGGAAGAAUGGAUGCUCCUUGAUGAUUCUCAGAGACUUUUAUAUUAGGAUGUGAUGCUGGAGAACUUUGCACUUUUAGCCUCACUGGGAAUUACAUCCUCCAGAUCGCACUUAGUCACCCCAGUGGAGCAGAGGGCAGAUCCCCAGAUAGCUGACCAGGUGGAUAUGGCUCCAGCCACAGAAAGGAAGACUCAGAAGGGACCUGGACCUGGUGGUUGGUCUGCGGUGGAGGAUGAGGCCAUGUCCCCUGAGCAGAGUGUUUCUUUAGAAGGAGUGUCACCAGUCAGGACUCCAGUGGCAGGUCUGAAGCUCCAUCACUGGGAUGUAUCUGGCUCAAUAUUGAAAGAAAUCUUAUACCCGACUGAAUACCAGAGGGAGGAAGCCAGGCUGGAACCACACAGUGGUGGGGCCUGUUGGAAGCCUCCUGGGCUCAGGGCAAACGUCCAUCAGCACCACACUGCAGAGAAACCCUUCAGAAGAGACGAGGACAGUGGCUCUGUGAAAAGCUGUGGAUUCUAUGUGCCAGAGAAGACCUGUACACACAGUGAGGGUAGAAGGGACUUUCCAGCCACCUCAGACCUUCUUCAGCACCAGGUCUCCCAUAUUAGGACGAGGCCCCACAAGAGGACGAGGCCUGGGGGAGCCCUUCACCCUGGACAGCAGCAUCACAGGUGCUUCGAAUGUGGGAAAUUGUUUACCCGCAAAGACACGCUUACUCGGCACCAGAGAAUCCAUACUGGAGAAAGACCUUAUGAGUGCAGCAAAUGUGGGAAAUUCUUUAGCCAAAGCUGUGACCUUUUUAAACAUGAGACCAUACACACUGGAGAAAGGCCUUAUGAGUGCAGUGAAUGUGGGAAAUUCUUUAGACAGGUCUCUGGCCUGAUUGAACACAGGCGAGUUCACACUGGUGAAAGACUCGACCAGUGCAGUAAUUGUGGAAAAUUCUUUAGUAGUAAGUCCAACCUCAUUAGACACCAAGAAGUGCACACAGGGGCAAGGCCUUAUGUAUGCAGUACAUGUGGGAAAGAGUUCAGCCGCAAACACACACUUGUUCUGCACCAAAGGACUCACACUGGAGAAAGGCCUUAUGAGUGCAGCAAAUGUGGGAAGGCCUUUAGCCAAAGUUCCCACCUUAAUGUACACUGGAGAAUUCACAGCAGUGAUUAUGAGUGCAGCCGAUGUGGGAAAGCCUUUAGCUGCAUCUCUAAACUCAUUCAGCACCAGAAGGUUCACUCUGGAGAGAAUCCUUAUGAGUGCAGCAGAUGUAGGAAAGCCUUUACCCAAAGGCCAAAUCUCAUUCGGCACUGGAAAGUUCAUACUGGAGAACGGCCCUACGUGUGCAGCAAAUGCGGGAAAGAGUUUAACCGCAAACACACACUUGUUCUCCAUCAGAAGAUUCAUACUGGAGAAAAGCCUUAAUACCAUAGCAGUUGCGGGAAAUCCUUUAGCCAUUACCCCAACUUACUAUCCAUUUGCGAAUUCCUGGCAGCAGACCUAGGACAGCCUUUACCAAGGACCAAACUUUAUCCAGCCCUGGAAAAUCCACACCAGACAAAGGCCUCAGCAGUACAGGGAAUGUGCCAUCUCCUUGUUCAGUGUAGCAGCUCUCGCCAGAGAGGAGCUGCGAGAGUAGGCUUUGUGAGGGCACCAUCGUUCAGAAGUGGUACCUCACACAUAUGAACCUCUGCGCUGGGGAGGUUCCUUGUAAGUGCCUGGUACAUCAGUGAUAUCAGGACCUGUGUGCGUAUUGUAAAUUGCCAAGGCCCUUUGUCAGUGCUAAAAGCCAUCCCACUACUACCGUCUGCCCGAAUCCUGCGGUGCGUGUCGGUCACUCCAGCAUGCUUAGGCAGGAGGACCUGUGCUGUCUCCACAGUCCCUAGAAGGAGUCAUGAUCGGCCUCCAUGGUCCAUGGGGGGGCUCAUUUCCUUACUUUUGUCUGGGUUAGGCAUGGAAAAAAUCAGCACACAAGAUGGGUUUUCCAGGUAGCUUGCAAAGAUUUAUCCUCAUGGACUUUCUCAUCUCAUGUGAUGCUCACUGUGGAUGUGUGUGGUCUCAUGGCCUUCAGCCCUGGAAGCACAUACCUCACAUCACUCGUGUGUGAGUGCAAUAAUAAAGGGCUUAUUCUUGAGCUAUUUUUAUUUUUUUCAAGAUUUUAUUUAUUUA